AUGAGCGCCUCGUCAAGGGCAGCUCAGCUGGCGACCCGCGGCAAUCUAGGGGUUGCCUCGCGCCAUAUUUCCCGUAGUAUUCAGCCUGCGCUCCUAUCCCGACACAUUUUGCGCCAAUCGCAAAUUCCCGCGCUCGCUUUGCUUGUGCCUGCCCGUUACAUCAGUACCGAACAUCACCGAUCCGAUGCCUCGGCUGGCCCGCCUCCUGGCUUCAAUGCCGAGCAGGCUAAGAAGCCUCUCGCUAAAGACGCGACCUUAUCCGCAAAGACUGACGCCAAAGAUAAACCCGCGUCCGACGCCGGUCUGUCCAAAGACGAAGCGAAGAUGGAGGAGCUGAUGGCCAAGUCGGAUGAGCAUGCGCAUCAGAAAGAGUUGCUCAAAAAAGAAAAGGAAGAAAAGAAGCUUACUCUCUGGCAAAAAGUCAAGAAAGAAGCCCGCCACUACUGGGAUGGUAGUAAGCUGCUGGUCGCUGAAGUCAAGAUUAGCUGGAGACUAGCCUUAAAGAUGGCGGCUGGCUACGAGCUCACGCGCAGAGAGCACAGACAACUACAGCGAACUGUCAAGGAUCUGGGCCGUCUUGUGCCAUUUUCAGUCUUCAUUAUUGUGCCGCUGGGCGAGGCUCUUCUCCCGCUCGCGCUCAAGCUGUUCCCCAACAUGCUGCCUAGCACAUUCGAGGGCCAAAAGUCCAAGGAGGCCAAGGCCACCAUUCUUCGAAGCACAAGGAAAGAAGUCAGCGGUUUCCUCCGCCAAACACUAAAGGAAACUGGUCUGCCUUUGACUGCUGCCACGGCGCAAAAGGAAGAGUUUGCCAACUUUUUCCGCAAGGUCCGGUCCACUGGCGAGGCGCCCACCAACGAAGACGUCAUCAAGGUCUGCCAGGUCUUCCGCGAUGACCUAACCCUCGACAACCUGUCACGACCCCAACUUGUUUCCAUGUGCCGCUACAUGACUCUCAACACCUUCGGUACCGACAUGAUGCUUCGCUAUCAGAUCCGCCAUCGCAUGAAGCAGAUUAAGAGAGAUGAUCGUGCCAUCAGCUUUGAGGGCGUCGACAGCCUGACUGUUGCUGAGCUGCAGGUGGCAUGCGCCGCCCGUGGUAUCCGCACCCAUAGCAUCUCCCCCGCUCGUAUGCGCAGCGACCUGCAGACUUGGCUGGAUCUCCGUCUCAAGGAGCGCGUUCCUUCUACGCUGCUCGUUCUAAGCAACGCCUACAUGUAUGGCCAGGGAUCUGGCGAGGGCGGCGGCCAAAUUGAGGCUCUUAUCGGUGUCUUGUCCUCGAUUCCCGAGGAGCUUUACCACGAGAUUGAGCUCGAAGUGCACAACGCCGAGGGCGCCGCCACCAACAAGCAGCGUCUCGAGGUCAUCCGCGAGCAGCAGGAUCUGAUUGAGGACGAGAACGAACAAAACGAGGAGAGCCAGAGCACCGGCAUGGCAACCCCCCGCGAUGUCGAGGACAUUGACGAGAAGGAGGAGCGCGAGCAGCACGCCCAGGAGGCCGGUGCUGGCAAGAAACAAGCUGGCGAGAUGGUCGACGCUGAGCAGGACCAGGUCGAGGUGACCAAGGAAGAGGCCAGGGCCGCUCCCCCCAGCGAACAAAAGUAA